AUGAGGCUUAAAUCAGAACAUGCACAAAAGAUGCUUGAACUGUCUCAAGAUGUGCUUCACACAAAAAAGGAUUUUGAAGAAAAGUUAAGACAAUUUGAAGCUUGGAAAAUGGUUAGAGAAGGAAAGCGUAAUGAACCUAUUGAACGACAAAAGUCACGAGUCUCACUUUCAAAUACCAAAUGUCUACUAUUGGAAAUCAUUAGAAGUAUGCUCAUGCUUGAAGUGGUGUCUAGGAAACCAGGCCUGGGAGUUGAAAAGCGAGGCAGCGUGAAACAGAGGUCAGCAGACAUUACUAAGAAAACGGUGACGGCUGUACAACGGUUACAAGAGGCAGAAGAUAGGUACGAGAAUCGUGAUUCCCGGCCAGAAGAUCUAGAACUGAUUGAUCAGCUCAGAGAAAGAGUUCGGGAAAAAGAAGAAAGAGUGCAUGCUCUUAUAGAAGAGAAGAAGUUCUUUCAGAUGGAACUUGUAAAUAGAGAAACCAAUUUUAAUAAAGUAUUCAGUUGCAAGUCCAAAGUAGGAGUUCUUAAUCCUUUAGAUGCAAAG